CCUGGACCUCUGCCUCUCAAACACAUGUCUGAAGCGUCUCAUUAACGAGUUGUCCCACCGCAAAGCUAUACCGUAUAUCACCGGCAGAUGGCGCUAGAAGUUUGAAUGAGUAACCACCAGUUUUCGGGUACCACCAGUCAGGCGCGCUCUAGCAAGCGCGGAGGAGAGUUCCCCAGAUGCGAGUCGCGACGAGCUGUAAGCGCUUCAUUCGACUUCGCACACGCUUGCUCAACGGGGUGCGCAGCCAUCGACUGCGAGAAGUCUUUGUAGCAGUAGCAGCUAGACGAUCCCUUUACCUAAAGCUCACUUUCACAGUACAGAGAAAAGGGACCAUGAAGACAGCCAUCUGGAGUUAUCGUUUUGCGGAUAGUAUCCAGCCCCACCGAUCGCUCCCACACACGGACGACUGAAUGACGAGCGAGGAUGGCUGGAGGAAGGAGAGGACUUGUAGCCCCGCAAAACACUUUUUUAGAAAAUAUUGUCAGACGAUCUAACGAUACCAAUUUUGUCCUUGGGAAUGCUCAGAUCGUGGACUGGCCCAUCGUCUACAGCAACGAUGGCUUCUGCAAGCUGUCGGGGUACCACAGGGCGGAAGUCAUGCAGAAGAGCAGCACAUGCAGCUUCAUGUACGGGGAGCUCACAGACAAGGAUACUAGCGAGAAAGUACGGCUAACGUUUGAAAACUACGAGAUGAACUCAUUUGAAAUACUAAUGUAUAAAAAAAACAGAACGCCGGUAUGGUUCUUUGUCAAGAUAGCCCCUAUACGAAACGAACAGGAAAAAGUGGUGCUGUUUCUGUGCACCUUCAGUGACAUCACAGCCUUUAAACAACCAAUAGAAGAUGAAACUUCAAAAGGUUGGGGGAAGUUUGCCCGGCUAACUCGUGCUCUGACCAGCAGUAGAGGGGUGUUACAGCAGCUACAGCCUACUGUACACAAGGGAGAGAACGUUCACAAGCACUCCCGCCUAGCCGAGGUCCUCCAGCUGGGCUCAGACAUCCUCCCCCAGUACAAGCAGGAGACGCCCAAGACGCCGCCCCACAUCAUCCUCCACUACUGCGCCUUCAAGACCACCUGGGACUGGGUCAUCCUCAUCCUCACCUUCUACACGGCCAUUAUGGUUCCUUACAACGUCUCCUUCAAGACCAAGCAGAACAACGUGACGUGGCUGGUGGUGGACAGCAUCGUAGACGUAAUCUUCCUGGUGGACAUCGUACUCAACUUCCACACUACCUUCGUGGGCCCGGCCGGAGAGGUCAUCUCUGACCCCAAGCUCAUCAGGAUGAACUACCUGAAGACCUGGUUCGUCAUCGACCUGCUCUCCUGCCUGCCUUACGACGUCAUCAACGCCUUCGAGAACGUGGACGAGGGGAUCAGCAGUCUGUUCAGUUCUCUGAAGGUUGUCCGGUUGCUGCGCUUGGGCAGAGUAGCCCGUAAACUGGACCACUACAUUGAGUAUGGAGCCGCCGUCCUCGUCCUGUUGGUGUGUGUCUUCGGCCUGGCUGCCCACUGGUUGGCCUGCAUCUGGUACAGCAUCGGUGACUAUGAGGUGAUAGACGAGGAGACAGGCAUCCUGCGGACAGACAGCUGGCUGUACAUGCUGGGGGAGACAGUGGGCUCGCCAUACCGCUUCAACGCCAGCGGAACAGGGAAGUGGGAGGGCGGCCCCAACAAAGACUCGGUCUACAUCACAUCUCUAUACUUCACCAUGACCUCUCUGACCAGUAUAGGGUUCGGAAACAUCGCCCCCACCACCGACGGAGAGAAGAUCUUCGCUGUCGCCAUGAUGAUGAUUGGAUCCCUGCUUUACGCCACCAUCUUCGGUAACGUCACCACCAUCUUCCAGCAGAUGUACGCCAACACCAACCGCUACCACGAGAUGCUGAACAGCGUCCGUGACUUCCUCAAACUCUACCAAGUGCCCAAGGGGCUGAGCGAGAGGGUCAUGGAUUACAUCGCCUCCACCUGGUCCAUGUCCCGGGGCAUAGAUACUGAAAAGGUAUUGCAGAUAUGCCCUAAAGACAUGAGGGCAGAUAUCUGCGUCCACCUGAACAGGAAAGUCUUCAAAGAACACCCUGCGUUCAGGUUGGCCAGUGACGGUUGCCUGCGUGCCCUGGCCAUGGAGUUCCAGACUAUCCACUGUGCCCCUGGUGACCUCAUCUACCAUGCCGGAGAGAGCGUGGACAGCCUCUGUUUCGUGGUGUCAGGAUCCCUGGAGGUCAUCCAAGAUGACGAGGUGGUGGCCAUCUUAGGUAAGGGGGACGUGUUUGGGGAUGUGUUCUGGAAGGAGGUGACCCUGACCCAGGCUUGUGCCAAUGUGCGUGCCCUGACCUACUGUGAUCUCCAUGUCAUUAAACGGGAUGCCCUGCAGAAGGUUCUGGAGUUCUACACGGCCUUCUCUAACCACUUUUCACGGAACCUGCUGCUUACUUACAACCUGCGGAAGAGGAUUGUGUUCAGAAAAAUCAGCGAUGUGAAACGGGAGGAAGAGGAGCGCCUGAGACGAAAGAAUGAAGCACCCCUCAAUCUCCCGCCGGACCACCCGGUGCGUCGGCUCUUCCAGCGGUUCCGUCAGCAGAAGGAGGCCCGUAUACAUCAGGAGCGGGCCAACCCAUCCGAUGACAUGGAGAGAGGUCAAACUGUGAAUGUCGAGCCCACUCCCAUCCAUGAAAUCAUCGCCACCACCAGCAUUGUCACUGUUACCGAAAGCCCAGCCACACCCAUUUUGGCCUCCACAAUCUCCAGCCCGUCAGACAAAGCCAAGCUCCAGGCCCCGUCUCUCCGAGUGUUCGAGCCGGCCAAGGUCAAAGGCUGGGGACGCUUCAAGGACUCCAUGAUCAAGGAGUCCAACUGGAACAAGGUGUCCAAAGCAGAGUCCAUGGAGACGCUAGCCGAGCGGACUAAGGCAGGGGCAGCCCACGAGUCCCAGACCUCGCUGAAGAAAACCAACUCGUGCGACAGCGGCAUCACCAAGAGCGAUCUGCGUCUAGACAACGUGGGGGACAGCUCCCGCACCACGCCACAGAACCACAGCCCUGUGGCACCCCCUGAGGUGGCCAAGCAGCACGCCUUCUACCCCAUCCCAGAGCAGACUCUCCAGGCUUCUGUUCUGGAGCUCAAGCUGGAGCUCAAAGAGGACUUGAAGGCCUUAAACACCCGCAUGGCUGGCCUGGAGGCACAGCUAGCAGAAGCUCUGAAGCUCCUCAAGGUCCAAAGGAGAGCUCCCAGCUCCCCCAAGCCUCUUUUUGAGAUCUCUAGACCCACCACACCAGACUCGGACAAGGAGGACAUAUUUUCGUAGAAGCAAAAAGGGACUUACGUUGAGAGUGUGAAGACAGGCAACAGAUUCAGAAAAUCUUUAUUGUCCCAAUGCUGGGCAAUUUGGUCACAGGGCCACAGAUUCUGGGAGUUGUUGGUGUAUCUCAGCUGAGGCCGUUUAUUGGCCCUCACCUUGCCGAUGCCUGUGAAAGCAGCAGAUGAUGGAGCUACGAUGCUGUUAAUUUAAAGAGGAUCUGGUGGUUUUACCCGUGGGCUAUGGAACCUUGGAGUUGAACCCGUCGGUCAUUCUGGAGAAUCUGAGGUGUGCACAGUGAAAGGGGUCUAGGUCCACUGCAGUGACCUUUAGACCACCAUAGGUUUGGCUACCCUCUCUGUGACCCACAGACACAGGUUCACAGCUGUACUCUUGUGUUCUCCUGGUCUGCUUGUGCACAUCGGCUGUAUAUUUAAGUUGCUACUUUUUUCCACCAGUCCAUGGAGUUCAAGAGCAGAGCAGCAACAAAUGCGUUAUUAUUCACUGUCAUUAUCCUUGUAGAUCUCCAAUGGGACCACUAUCUUUAGUGGUUCUCAGAGUACAGUAUCUAUAAGGGGUGAAUCCAUCUUUUGCUUUUCCACUAUCUUUGAACCAGUGCACAAUGCAUUCUGUAUGUAUUCACGAUGUCAUUCUAUCACCGUGUAAUACUUUACAAGACUGUAUGCAUACCUUGGUGUUGCCUUUAUAAAUACAAAAAGGCUAUAGAAGUAUUCAGCACAGGUGAUACUGUAUAUUGAGCUUUGCACUUGCUAUAAGCAUUCAAUAUAGAUCUUGCUCCUGACAAUGCAUUACACACAGAUGGUUCACAGAACGUAUUACAGUAGGUUGUUUUUACUACUGUACUCUGUCAUCAUUGGAUCACCUUGUAGCCAUCUUCUUUAAACCAGACGAAGGAGGCUGUGUUGACCAAUCAGAGCUCAGGACCAUUAGGUUUCAACCAAUCAAUCUUUUGGUCUGUGCGCAGAGAACCCUGACUGGCCAAUCAAAGACCAGCAUGGUCUUUUGAAAGAACUCCAACCCCCUUUUAGACUGACUGACCAUCACCGUAUGUCUUAUCAGAUCAAACAGAGAACUGCUAUAUAUAGCCAAGAAACCAACAAACAACCACCUUUGUUGACUGGUUCGUCUUUAUUCUUGGCCGAUGGUUACAAUGCUGGGAAUUACUCUUAAGGAACUGCGUCAGUUGCACUAACAACGCUCCAUCAUGGCGACAUGUGUUGUUUGCAUGUGGAGGUUGUAUUAUUUAACUGAUUCUUAGUUUAUGUUUGUCAAACAUGGCUCUCUGACACUGUACUUGUGAAACGAAUUGAAAAAGUAUUUCAACAUUUACUGUGUAACUGGGUCUUCCAAAAAACAUACUUUUUCAAGACACUUCACUGCAAAGUAUGACUUGCUUCAUGACUUGCGUUGAUCGACACACAUUACUGUUUGGCGUUGCCGUUUUCCGUAGGCUAGCCUACUGAUUGAUAUUCAGUAAUGGAGUUCCAAGCAUGAGCAAAGGCAAACAGAACUUUGAGGCCUAUGAAUUAGUAACCAAUGUACAUUUUUUAAAUCUAAUUUAUAUCCAGGACAUGUUGAUCUCCUUCUGUCCGGAACUUUCACUAAUUGGAACCUAGCGGUUACAAAGUUUUCACGUCUUCAAUGAUGUGGGCACCUUCAAUGGGUUUCAUUAAUUUGAGACCUAAGCCUAAUCACACCCUAGCAGUAUCAUGUUAAUAUUUGAAAAUAUUAUGAUCUUAAUGUUAACUGCUGCCAAAGUUCCUCCCAUCACUAUAUGGGACCAACUGGCGUUUGGGCCCUGGUUUGCCACAAGACAGUGUUAGCCUGAGCUUAAGCGUAGGCAUUAGUUCGGUAAGCCAACGCAAGUCUUCAGGUCUCAGGCAAGGUUACUCAUCCCGUGAGUGGGAUUUACUAAACCAGCUUCAUUACAUAUACAUGUAGUUCAUUAUUAGUCUUAGGUGAGGUCUCCACUAAUAGUUGUGUUUUCAUUGGGCUACAUAAUGGCAACAUUGUGUUACAUAACAGCUGAAAUGUUCUACAUAGCCCACAAAUGGCUAGAAAAGGACAGCUGCAACACCGCACUCCUUUAAGUUUUCACUUUCAAUUCAUGCAAUUUAUUAGUGACAAAUUGUAUUAAAAGUAUGUACAGUUGAAGUCGGAAGUUUACAUACACUUAGGUUGGAGUCAUUAAAACUCGUUUUUCAACCAUUCCACAAAUUAUAGUUUUGGCAAGUCGGUUAGGACAUCUAUUUUGUGCAUGGCACAAGUCAUUUUUCCAACAAUUGUUUACAGACAGAUUAAUUCACUGUAUCACAAUUCCAGUGGGUCAGAAGUUUACAUACACUAAGUUGACUGUGCCUUAAAACAACUUGGAAAAUUCCAGAAAAUGAUGUCAUGGCUUUAGAAGCUUCUGAUAGGCUAAUUGACAUCAUUUGAGUCAAUUGGAGGUGCACCUGUGGAUGUAUUUCAAGGCCUACCUUCAAACUCCCUGCCUCUUUGCUUGACAUCAUGGGAAAAUCAAAAGAAAUCACCCAAGACCUCAGAAAAUAAAUUGUAGACCUCCUGGUUUAUCCUUGGGAGCAAUUUCCAAAUGCCUGAAGGUACCACGUUCAUCUGUACAAACAAUAGUACGCAAGUAUAAACACCAUGGGACCACGCAGCCGUCAUACCGCUCAGGAAGGAGACGCGUUCUGUCUCCUAGAGAUGAACGUACUUUGGUGUGAAAAGUGCAAAUCAAUAGCAAAGGACCUUGUGAAGAUGCUGGAGGAAACAGGUACAAAGGUAUCUAUAGCCACAGUAAAACAAGUCCUAUAUCGACAUAACCUGAAAGGCCGCUCAGCAAGGAAGAAGCCAAUGCUCCAAAAAGAAAACGCCAUAAAAAAGCCCGACUAUGGUUUGCAACUGCACAUGGGGACAAAGAUCGUACUUUUUGGAGAAAUGUCCUCUGGUCUGAUGAAACAAAAAUAGAACUGUUUGGCCAUAAUGAUAAUGAUAUGUUUGGAGGAAAACGGGGGACGCUUGCAAGUCGAAGAACACCAUCCCAAACGUGAAGCACGGGGGUGGCAGCAUCAUGUUGUGGGGGUGCUUUGCUGCAGGAGGGACUGGUGCACUUCACAAAAUAGAUGGCAUCAUGAGGUUGGACAAUUAUGUGGAUAUAUUGAAGCAACAUCACAAGAAAUCAGUCAGGAAGUUAAAACUUGGUCACAAAUGGGUCUUCCAAAUGGACAAUGAACCAAAGCAUACUUCCAAAGUUGUGGCAAAAAGGCUUAAGGACAACAAAGUCAAGGUAUUGGAGUGGCCAUCACAAAGCCCUGACCUCAAUCCUAUAGAGAAUUUGUGGGCAGAACUAAAAAAACGUGGGCGAGCAAGGAGGCCUACAAGCCUGACUCAGUUACACCAGCUCUGUCAGGAGGAAUGGGCCAAAAUUCACCCAACUUAUUGUGGGAAGCUUGUGGAAGGCUACCUGAAAUGUUUGACCCAAGUUAAACAAUUUAAAGGCAAUGCUACCAAAUACUAAUUGAGUGUAUGUAAACUUCUGACCCACUGGGAAUGUGAAUAAAUAAAUAAAAGGUGAAAUUAAUCAUUCUUUCUGCUAUUAUUCUGACAUUUCACAUUCUUAAAAUAAAGUGGUGAUCCUAACUGACAUAAGACAGGGAAUUUUUACUUGGAUUAAAUAUCAGGAAUUGUGAAAAACGGUGUUUGAAUGUAUUUGGCUAAGGUGUAUGUAAACUUCUGACUAAGAGGGGGGGGGGGGGGGGACAGGUCUCUCUCUGCAGUAACAAUGCAUUAACUAAAUCAAACCCAUAUCGUGUUACAUUAGGCUAUUAGCCUGUUACCUUAUUUCACUUUAAAUUAUUUCAGAUACAGUGGAAAGAAAAAUUGUGUGAACCCUUUGAAAUUACUUGAAUUUCUGCAUAAAUUUGACGUAACAUUUGAUCUGAUAUUGACCUAAUUCACAACAAUGGGCAAACAGUGUGCUUAAACUAAUAACACACAAAUUAGUUUAUUUUUCUUGUCUAUAUUGAAUACAUCAUUUAAACAUUCACAGUGUGGGUUGGAAAAAGUAUGUGAACCCCUAGGCUAAUGACUUCUCCAAAAGCUAAUUGGAGGCAGGAGUCAUCUAACCUGGAGUCUAAUCAAUGAGGCGAGAUUGGAUAUGUUGUUUAGAGAUGCCCUGCCCUAUAAAAAACAUUUACAAAAUUUGAGUUUGCUAUUCACAAGAAGCAUUUCCUGAUGUGAACCAUGCCUCGAACAAAAGAUUUCUCAGAAGACCUAAAAUUAAGAAUUGGGUUACAAGAGUAUCUCUUAAAGCCUUGAUGUUCAUCAUUCCACAGGAAGACAAAUUGUCUAUAAAUGGAGAAAGUUCAGCACUGUUGCUACUCUCCCUAGGAGUGGCCGUCCUGCAAAGAUAACCUCAUUGAGCAUUCUGUGCUGUGCUCUUACAGUUAAGAAUCCUAGAGUGUCAGCUAAAGACUUACAGAAAUCUCUGUAACAUGCUAACAUCUCUGUUGACGAUUCUAUGAUAUGUGAAACACUAAACAAGAAUGGUGUUCAUUGGAGGACAUCACCAGAGAACCCAUUGCUGUCCAAAAAAAAACAUUGCUGCACGUCUGAAGUUCGCAAAAGUGCACCUGGAUGUUCCACAGCGCUACUGGCAAAAUAUUCUGUGGACAGAUGAAACUAAAGUUGAGUUGUUUGGAAGGAACACGCAACACUGUGUGGAGAAAAAAAAGGCACAGAACACAAACAUCAAAACCUCAUCCCAACUGUAAAGUAUGGUGGAGUGAGCAUCAUGGUUUGGGACUGCUUUACUGCCUCAGGGCCUGGACAGCUUGCCAUCGACAGAAAAGGGAAUUCCCAAGUUUAUCAAGACAUUUGGUAUGAGAAUGUAAGGCUAUCUGUCUGCCAAUUGAAGCUCAACAGAAGUUGGGUGAUGCAACAGGACAACGACCAAAAACACAGAAGUAAAUCAACAACAGAAUGGCUUCAACAGAAGAAAAUGGCCCAGUCAGAGUCCUGACAUCAACCCGAUGGAGAUGUGGAGCUUGACCUCGAGAGCAGUUCACACCAGACAUUACAAAACUGUUUCAGUUCAGUAAUAUUUUUGUGAAGACAAUGGUCCAACAUUCCUCCUGACCGUUGUGCAGGUCUGAUCUGCAAUUACAGAAAACGUUUUUUAUUUGAGGUUAUUGCUGCCAAAGUAGGGUCAACCAGUUAUUAAAACCAAGGGUUAACAUACUUUUCCCACCCUGCACUGGCAAUGUUUACACGUUGUGUUCAAUAAAGACAUGAAAACAUAUAAUUGUUUGUGUGUUAUUAGGUUAAGCAGACUGUGUUUGUCUAUUGUUGUGACUUAGAUGAAGCUCAAAUAAAAUCUUAUGACCAAUUGAUGCAGAAGUCCAGGUAAUUCCAAAGGGUUCACAUACUUUUUCUUGUCACUGUAUAUAUUUUGAAGAAAACCGUUACGAUUACAGUAUACAAUGUUUACAGAACAUGGGUUUUUAGAAAAUGUGCAUCGCUAGGUGUUUAUAUAUAGAGAUUAAAGGGUCAUGAAUGAGUUUUCUUUCACUUACGUGUGAAUAAGUCUCAUACAGUAGGUUUGUUUUGGACAGUGCUGUACUCCACAAAGAGCUUGCUUACAUAACUAGCAUUCUGAGAUCAGCUCCUGUACGCAAGCAACAGCUCUCCAUGUUAGUUCUUUCAAAAGUCCUGAUUUUGAUCAUUUGUCCAUGCUGAAAUCUUAUGGAAACGACGACUUAUGAAUGUUACCAUAUUUAUCCAUACACAACAUGGAAUGUGGAGGAUCUUCACUUAGACAAUAUUAUCAAUACUUAUGAAUAGUAUAAUUACGAUCCUGGCCAGAUAUUAAUUGUAGUUAACAGAAACACUUUACGUAAAGCCAACAUGUCAAGUGCUUUAUGACUUGUUUAUAAGCUAUUUUAUGCAUGUAUAUUAAGCAUUUUUUGGGAAAAUAGCAGUUAUGCAUUUAGGAUAAUUAUGAGAAGACAUAAGGGAUUCGUUCAUAUGCUUAUUGCAAGUAUUAUAUUGCAUUAUACGUGUUGGAGUUAAAUGAAUCAUCCACUCAAAAACUAUUUUGGUAUUUCCAUUAGUCCAAUGUUGAUACAGUCCCAAAAUGUUUUUGCAUGUCAGCAGUCAAGUUAAGAUAUUGGACUUUCAAGAAGCAAAGUGUAACUUGCCACAUCAUCAUCACUUGCCACAUCAAGAUGAGUCUGGAUCAAGUGGACUAAUGAAAAAACAAAAGAUUUGGAGUGUAUUAUUCCUUUAAGUUAAGUGCUACCCUAUAAAGCAGGGGUGUCAAACUCAUUCCAUGAAGGGCCUAGUGUCUGCACGUUUUUGUUUUUUCCUUUCAAUUCAGACCUCGACAACCGGGUGAGCGGACACUCUGCCCUCUGUGGAAUGAAUUUGACACGUGCUGUAAACAAUAGUUAUGAUUGUUUACUGCUGACCCAAAUGACCCCUACUGAUGUAAAUGUGUUACUAUUAUCAAGCAAGUUGGAAAGAAAUGCACACACACUUUACUUAAACAUUAACUUAAGCUUAGACUAAAUCGGUAUCGUCGAAGAUCCGUGCUAGACCGUGAUUGAAAUUUAAAGGCAAUGUUCCCAUGUUCGCGGAGACUGCUUUCACAGUAAACGCUGCAUAUGUUGGCUCAAUCGGAAAUGAUCUUUAAAUUUCAAUUGCGCUAUAACACAGAUCUUCCACAAUAAGGGUUGAAUCCAGCCCUUAAACAUAACUUGAUUCUUAAGUAUGUUAAAUCAAAGUAAGUAUGCACUACAUUACUCACCAAUGAAAUUAGGUGAUUGCACGUGUUGCUGACAUUGGUAAACAAUAAUUGUGCAUUGCCGUUGAUGUGUUAACAGAAUGUACGCGUUCAGGACUCCAUGAUACGGAGAAGUCAACAGCUUGUUUAUUAUUUUAACACAUAUAGCUUCACAUGCAGUAUAGUAUAAUAAUGUUUAAGGGGCCAGUGCCUGAGUAAGGGGAUGUUGCGUUAUUAAUGAGAAGAAUGACACUGUACUCUAUGCAUUACAAUGCUCAAAUGUUUCAAAAUAAUAUAGCAUGCUUUUGUUAAUUGAUACUCUCCCAAAAUGGGUAACAACGAUGUCAUUUGGUUGGUGCAUAUUGUUAGUAAUGUACAUUUAUUCUUCAUGAUGUUUACCUAAAAUCACAUGCCUAUUCAAAAGUACAUUCUUGUGCCAGCUGCAUUGAUGCAUGUGUACAAUAUUUGAUACAUUUGAGGGUAAAAAAAGUUUUUUAUUCUUGGCUUAGUUCACCUGUUUUUUUCUCUUUUGGAAAAUAAUUGGUGGAACAUGUAACAUGGCAUUAAUGGAUAACCUCCUGUGUUGGUCUUUCUUGUGGUGAUAUCACAGAGGAGAAGGUUCGUUUAGAACAAUUGAGAGAAUCCUGAUGGAUAGCAUCACAAUUCCAGACUGAGUCAUCUGGAGCUCUAUCUUGAUUGCACACAACAACAACAAAAAUCACUUUAUCUGCACUGAUUGGAAAAGACUUGAAAGAUGAAAAUAAUAUGGCGGAAGCUCUUAACGUGGUCAGUUCUUUCAGAUCAGUGCGAUAAAGGAGAGGGCGCUAGGAGAGGACGGACAUUUUAGACAAUUGAGAAAGAUCCUACCAGCUAUUCAGCUAGUCCCCGAGUGCAUCCCAAAUGGCACUCUAUUCCCUAUAGGUCACCUGGUCAAAAUUAGUACACUAUAUAGGGAAUAGGGUGCCAUUUGGGAUGCGAACCUUCUAUGCAUGAGCCUGGUCAGUAAAACCUAAUCAUGUACCAACACCUUGUUUUUAAAGGCCCAGACUCCCAGCCACACACCCCCAAGUCCCGUAAUGCACCAAAAAAAACUUAAAGCUGAUUGAUUCUCUGUGGAUAUCCGCAAAAAGUAAGGCACCCCCUGAAAAAAUAAAAAAUAUUAUAAUAACUCUCACACUAAAGUAGUGUACUGAGCCUUCACUAGUCCUGUAUUAGCAGACCGAAAUAGCUGUCUGUAGUGCGGACAAAACGAAAUAUUCAGCACCCCCGCGGCUAUGCUCUGUUGAUUUCUUUAAAACGUGAGCAUGAUUACUUCAGACAUGUUUAAACAACGUGAAACUAUUUUUGUGGUCAGUUCAGGUGAGCUGCCUAGUAUCACUGUGUAUGUACAUACUACUUUAAUGUCAUGUGAAGAGAGAGAGAGAGAAUUGGUUACACUUGAAGGGUACAUGCAUAAGGACUUGUUGACAGUUGACAAGCAUUUAGUAAAGGUACUGCUUAUGAAUGCAGUAUAUGGGUAAUGAAGUGCUUAUGUAGUUACCCUUCAAGUAAAGUGUUACUAAAAGACCAACCAUUAAUAUAAAUAUAUAAUGAGGACAGUAAUGUGAUUUAUGCACAUGUCACAUUAUUCAGAUGUUUUCUGUAAUGAUACUGUAAAUGUAAUUGCAAGCACAAAAGAGAGUAUUUGUAAAGAAAUGUAAAAUACUAUUUAUAAUAAAUGAUAUUUUAUACA